UCAGUUGUGUCUUGUGCGUUGUGCGGUGAAGUUGCGCCUUCGUUCUGAAACCUAAUAAGCUGAGAAUCAGAACCUCUGGACAUCUGAACGUCUGAAAAUCCAGCAGCAGCUACUCGGACCGUGCGGUGCAUCCUUCUCCAGACUGAGACUAAGAUCCGAUUCCAGCCUUAGCCUUCGACCCCACAAAUCGCCGCUUUCAAGAUGAGAGAAAUCGUGAACCUGCAGGCCGGCCAGUGCGGCAACCAAAUCGGCGCUAAGUUCUGGGAGAUCAUUUCCGAGGAGCACGGCAUCGACAGCAAUGGCAUCUACGUGGGCGACAGUGAUCUGCAGCUGGAGCGCGUCAGUGUCUACUACAACGAAGCAUCGGCAGUCACGCGGUCGUCGGGUGGCAAGUACGUGCCCAGGGCCAUCCUGCUCGAUCUGGAGCCCGGAACCAUGGAGUCGGUGCGUUCCGGUCCGUACGGACAACUCUUCCGGCCGGACAACUUCGUGUACGGACAGUCGGGAGCGGGCAACAACUGGGCCAAGGGUCACUACACCGAGGGCGCCGAGCUGGUGGACAAUGUCCUGGACGUGGUCCGCAAGGAGUGCGAGAACUGCGACUGCCUGCAGGGCUUCCAAUUGACGCACUCGCUGGGCGGCGGCACUGGGUCCGGAAUGGGCACCCUGCUGAUCUCGAAGAUCCGCGAGGAGUACCCCGACCGCAUCAUGAACACCUACUCGGUGGUGCCAUCGCCCAAGGUGUCGGACACCGUGGUGGAGCCCUACAACGCCACCCUGUCGAUCCACCAGCUGGUGGAGAACACAGACGAGACGUACUGCAUCGACAACGAGGCGCUGUACGACAUCUGCUUCCGGACGCUGAAGGUGUCGAAUCCCAGCUACGGAGACUUGAACCACCUGGUCUCGCUGACCAUGUCCGGGGUGACCACCUGCCUGCGUUUCCCCGGCCAGCUGAACGCCGAUCUGCGCAAGCUGGCGGUCAACAUGGUUCCAUUCCCGCGUCUCCACUUCUUCAUGCCCGGAUUCGCGCCGCUCACCUCGCGCGGAUCGCAGCAGUACCGCGCCCUCACCGUUCCCGAACUGACCCAGCAGAUGUUCGACGCCAAGAACAUGAUGGCCGCCUGUGAUCCACGCCACGGUCGCUACCUCACGGUGGCCGCCGUCUUCCGCGGCCGCAUGUCCAUGAAGGAGGUGGACGAGCAGAUGCUGGCGGUGCAGAACAAGAACAGCUCCUACUUCGUGGAGUGGAUCCCGAACAAUGUGAAGACCGCGGUGUGCGACAUCCCGCCGAAGGGCCUGAAGAUGUCCUCAACGUUCAUCGGCAACACCACGGCCAUCCAGGAGCUGUUCAAGCGGAUCUCCGAGCAGUUCUCGGCCAUGUUCCGGCGCAAGGCCUUCCUGCACUGGUACACCGGCGAGGGCAUGGACGAGAUGGAGUUCACCGAGGCGGAGAGCAACAUGAACGACCUGGUGUCCGAGUACCAGCAGUACCAGGAGGCCACCGCCGACGACGAGUUCGACCCGGAGGUCAAUCAGGAGGAGGUCGAGGGCGAUUGUAUUUAAUGGUGUGGCCAGAGGAAUGAGGGGCGUGCGUGACGGCAGGGGGGAUAGGGAUGUCCGCUUUCUGCGCGGCAUGCGCCACCAGCUGGCGGCCAAGCACUGCAGCAUCCUGUGACCCCCGCCGUUGGACACACACACAGUCACAGCAGACGCAGACCACACACCACCACAAUCAUCACACACGGACAGGAAGGACAUGCAGACGAACAGGAAGGUCAAGCGUAGUUAGAACAUCAAACGGAAAUGUUCCCAAGCCCAUGCUUCCGCUACUCCCCAUCAUCCAGCUCAUCCAUCGUCAUCCAUCAUCGCCCAUCCCGCCGCAUCAUCUCACAUCUCACAUCUGACAUCUCGCAUCUUCAUCUUUUUGUUCAUUUUCGGCACUUGUCACCUCCUCUGCGCUAUAUACUUUAUACUAUACUAUACUAUAUACCAUAUACACACUUUACACGGAGGCACGUCUAUCGCAUUUCUCGCAGCCAUUUUCACCCGCUUUCCAACCCACCCACCACCACCCAUGUCACUCCAUUCAUAACCCCAAGUUAUCCCACGUCAUUCUUAUACUACUAUUUAUAUCGCAACGUCAGCAGAAGGACCACAAGUAUCUAGUAUUGCAAAGGAUAUCGAAUUUAUGCAGAAAUCUCAAAACGAGAAUGUCCAGCGUCUAGGAAGUCGGCACUCAAGACUUGGCGGCACUUACGUUUAGGGCUAUACGAUAAACGAGCUCAUCCAAAGAUAAUCGAACGACAACUCUCAUGAGAUCCUCUAUAAAAGGCAAUUUCUGAAAAGCAUCUGCAAUUGUAUUUACAUAAUCUUAGGGCACAAUCUAUUCACUUUGUAUUCGUGUGCAGUACUUCUCUUGUAGUUUUAUAUGGAUAAAAACAUUUGUACCCAAUAAAUAACUAAUAAUAAUGGCAAACAUUUUUGACAAAUAAUAAAUGGAAUUUAUUUAAAAUUU